UGUCUGACGUGUUAAUGACAAUAAUCAUGAGAUAAACAUCAUCAAUAAUUAAAUUGUAAUGAUAGUAAAGCGGAUUUGAAACAAUGAUAUUUCCCGUGUCAUGUGACAAAAAUUAUGAUAGCGUUAUCACAAGUUAUUGAGGACGAUAAAGAAAAUUACCUUCCACCUGUUAUAUCGAACAAUCCACAUGAGAAAGUCGGGCCAGAAAAUGUUCACAUCAACUUUGACGAGUUACACUUACUAUCAGAAAAGCGUCGUAAGCCCGAUAAGAGUCAUGUGUCAAAUAAAGAGACCACCCUACCCGUACCAAAGUAUCCUAUAGCAUUAAUAUGGUUUCCUGAUACACUGACUAUUGCAAUUGAUAAAUCUCCAGUCGAUGAGAAAUUAACUCUCAUAAACGUUUGCGAUAGAUUGAUAUACAUCCAUUGCUGUGGCAUUUGGAAUGAUGAGAUAAGGCUCGGCGCAUAUUGGAGUUGUUACCCUAAGACAAGGUUCCUCAUAGCUCCAGGGUUAAGACGAGAGUUGCACGUGAGUGCAGAGCCUAAGGAUUCGUCUCCCGUAUCGGAGGCGCGCGUUGCUCUACAACUAGCCGCGGCGUACAAGCGGGAUCACGUCAUCGCCUACUUUAUGGUCCCUAUGCAAGUCCAAUUUAAGAAUUACGUCAACCCACUAUCCGAAGAGCAUUCGACUGAGAAACUUUCGCAUUGUAGCUAAAGAAAGAUUUAUUUAUUCCGUUAAUUUUAUUAUUUUAUGUUUGAUAAGUAUAUUUUGGUGUAAUUGACGUCAGUA